UAAUUCAUAUGGGUUGGUUGCAUUAAUAUUAUGUUAAAGGCCUAUGUGAAAAACUAUAAGCUAAUGAGAACUUAUAUUAAUGUUUGCAUUGUGUAGCCUAGUACCUAUCCAUGUGCUUCAAUUGAUAAGACUUGCGGUAAAGAAACUUAAAGUUUCCCCUUCAAGCUUGGCAGAGCAAUAAGCAAGAAGACAUCUAUAUAAUCUUCUUCUUGUUCCUUCCUCUUCAUUUUCCAUUGUGUCACUUCUUUGCUCUUUCAAUCAUUUGUUAGCAUUACUAGAUAUCUAGUUCUUCAUUUGUGUUUCAAUGGAGGAAGGGGCUGUAAGCAAGCGUAAACGCGUUUAUACGUUCGAACCAACUAGUACAAUGGUGCUACUACAUGGUGCCACUUUCUCACAGAGAUAUUUGAAUACUCUGUUGUCAUUUUUAGUAAAACUUGAUUCUGAAACAAGGUCAUCUACUGACAAACAAGAUCGCGAAAUAGAGAAAAUCGUAUGGUUUCAGGUAGACAUGGCACUAGUAUUAUCAACUAAAUGUAUGUUCGGCUGGAGUCGUGCGUUAAAAAGAAAACUUGAUCAGAGUGAUACAGGCUCGAAUGAGUGUAUUCUAUCAUCAGUACAUGCACCAAAAUCACUUCUGUUUGCGUAUGGGCGCAACAGCAGUAUUCAUAGUUGUAAGUUUUUUGAUAGCGAUUACAACAACAGUAGAGAACUGAAAUGCAUUUCCAAAUUAUUAUUUCCUAUAGCAAGAAGCUUGAACCCUUCUCUACCUCCUCGAUCCGUAGGCGAUUUUUCGCAUGAUAAAUACUCGAAAAGAUCGAAUAAGAAAAGAAAGAUAGGAGGUGAAGAUAAGUUUGAGUCCCGUUUAAGAAAACUAAGAAGUAUUUUACCCGGAGGGAAUGAAAUGGGAGAUUACGACGAAUUGUUUUCUGAAGUAGAAAGCUACAUAGUGUGUCUUGAACUGCAGGUGCGUGCUUUACGAGCUCUUGUUCAUCCCCAAUGUUGAACAAUAUGGAUAAUAAUCAGUGUCGAGUUAACUAAAACUAUGUACUUCAUUAGUUAAUUUAUCCUAGUUCAGAUUAUGUUUCUAUUUUCACUUUUUUUUUCCUGUCAUUUUGAAUCAAUGUAACAGCUCCAAGUUUAAUUUUGAGUUAACAGUAUAAAGUAGGGCCUGCAAUACUAC